GAACCGCUGGAAAGUUCGCUUCGGCAGUUGUGUAUCGACAUCUCAAGCGCGGUUUUAGAUAUCUUUAAUAUUUGAAAAGUAAAGAAACCAAGCUGAAUAUGUCUUCUUUAACGUGGUCUAUGGCCGAUUUUAUCAGACCGGAUAAACCAUCUAAAUGUACAUGGAGUAAAGAUGCCGAACCUACAUCUACCCCUCAUACAAUAGAAAAAUUGGAACCACCAAAAAAAAUUCUUCCUAAUAUUUUACAUCAUGUUGGAAAUACCCCCAUGGUGAGAUUAAAUAGGAUUCCUCAACAAGAAGGACUUAAAUGUGAAGUUUUGGUAAAAUGCGAAUUUUUCAAUCCUGGUGGGUCCGUAAAAGACAGAAUCGGUUAUCGGAUGGUUAUUGACGCUGAAAAAGAUGGCAAAUUAAAGCCGGGAAGCACAAUAAUUGAGCCAACUUCCGGUAAUACCGGAAUUGGUUUAGCUAUGGCUGCUGCAGUAAAAGGUUACAGAUGCAUUAUCGUCAUGCCAGAAAAAAUGUCAAAUGAAAAAGUAUGCGCUCUUAGAGCAUUGGGCGCUGAAAUCGUAAGAACGCCAACAGCAGCUGCUUUCGAUGAUCCGGAAGGCUUAAUAUGCGUAGCUCAAAAAUUGAUGAAGGAAAUACCAAAUUCAAUCAUUUUGGAUCAGUAUAGAAAUCCUGGAAAUCCUUUAGCUCAUUAUGAUGGUACAGCAAUGGAAAUUUAUGAACAAACCGGUGGAAACGUUGAUAUGGUCGUUGCUGGAGCUGGAACUGGAGGGACUGUAACUGGAUUGGGAAGAAAAAUUAAGGAAUUAAUGCCGAAUUGUAAGCUGGUUGCUAUUGAUCCAGAAGGAUCUAUUUUAGCGCAACCUGAAUCUUUAAAUAAAUCUGAUGUCACUUACUACGAACUAGAAGGAAUUGGUUACGAUUUCAUUCCAACGGUUUUGGAUAGAUCCAUCGUUGAUAAAUGGAUGAAAGUUAAUGAUUCUAUGGCUUUACCUAUGGCAAGAAGAUUAAUUAAAGAUGAAGGGCUACUUUGUGGCGGAAGUAGUGGUGCUGCAAUGGCAAUAGCAGUAAAAGCAGCUAAAAACUUAAAGGAGGGUCAACGUUGCGUUGUUCUUUUACCCGAUGGAAUCAGAAAUUACAUGACAAAAUUCGCAUCCGACCAAUGGAUGGAAGUUCGCAACCUCAAACCAUUAAUUAACACUCAAAACCAUUGGUGGUGGAAUGAAAAACUUUCAAAAUUAGAUUUAAAAACACCAUUAACAAUCAGUGCUGAUACCAGUUGUGCCAAAACUUUAAGUACUUUAAAAGAGAAAGUAUUAGAACAUAUAACCAUUAUGGACAAGAAAUCAGUUGUUGGCGUAGCUACAAUUACAACGAUUAUGAAUGCAUUCGUUGCUGGAAAAAUUAAAUUAAGCGAUCCCGUCAAAUUAGCUAUGGAAAAGAAGGUAUUUAAGGUCUCUCCUGAUACGUCAUUGGGGAUGAUGUCAAGGAUUUUGGAAGUUGAACCUUAUGUGAUUGUUGUUAAAAGUGUUGAAGGAGUAGACGUUGUUGAAGGUUUUGUAAGAUCUGUUGAUAUGAUGCAAUAUAUUACUGAAAAUGGAAAAAAUUAAUCUGGAAUUUUUACACAUAUCAAUUAAGAGAAAUUAUUUUUAUAUGUUUUACUUAAUGUAUUUUUUGAAUAUAUCAAAUUAUAUGAUCAUACCAAAAUAAAA